AUGGAGGCCCACCGAAAAAUUGAUAUUCUUGAAAAUUGCUUAAAAGAAAAAACGGCGGAAGCAAUUCAAAACAAGGAUAUUGCUUACGGGUUCAAAUAUGAAUAUGAUUUUAUGGUGGAGCAGAAUCGAAUUAAAGAAGAAAUCAUCGAGCAAAUGGAAAGACAAAAGGAAAGGUUCGUUUUUCUGGGAAUUUUGGAGGGAGAGUAGAGGGUAAAUAACAAAUUUUUUGUUGUCGAAAAUUUCGGAAUUCUGAACACCGUAUCUUCAGAAUUGGAUAGAAAAUUUUUAUUUGGAAUCUGUAAUCUAGAUGAAAACUUCUUUCGAUUAAAAAUCCCAGAUACAAAAUCACUUCAAAUAGACAAUUUUUGAAAAAAAGUCAUUUUUCAUAUAUUUAUUCAAAUAAAUCAAUCUCAUUUACUUUUUCAGUUUGCAUGAUGGAAGUGACGAAGAAAGAGGGGCGACUUUUGUUGCCGACGAAACAUCGGAAGAAGAAGAAGAAGAACCAGCACUUCAACAACCACCACCACCACGGCAAUCGGUAUGGGUUUUUUGGGGAGGGGUGGGGGAGGGAUUUUAGAAUUUUUUGCGGAGGGCUGGAGAAUGGAUUUUUCUGGUGAAAUUUUGAAGUAUUUCGUGAGAAAUUUCAGAAUUUCGAAGACUUUUGAUUCUAGGAUCAUGAAAAAUCAAAUUUUUCAUGAAGUUUUACACCGGAAAUCAAUGAAAAUUCAAGAAUUGUUGAAUUUUGAAUUUAUUGAGUUCAUACCACGCCCAGCUUCGUGCAAAUUAACUUUGAAAAUUGGCGGAGUGGGUUUUGAAAUUUUUUGGCGAGGUGAAAACAACCUUUUCGACUGAAAAAUACUACUUUUUAACGGAAAAACAAGCAAAAAGCAAAAAUUUUUAUCAACAGACAUUCAAAUUCCAACAGACAUUCAAAUUUUUAUCACAAAAAAUUUGACCAAAAAAACAAUGAUUUUCUAUAAUUCUUGCCGCAGAAAUAUGCAAAGUUUCUAAUUUUUAUUGAAAAAACCCGGUUUGAUAUCGGAAUUCAUCGAAUUGCUCAUAUUAAAAUUUUUUUAGAAAUUUAAACCUGACUUUUCCUCUGAAAAAAAAGUAUAUUAAAUUUAAUUUUGAAAAAUUAUUCUAAAGAAUUCUAGAGUUUUGAGCUGACUAUUCAAAACGGUAAAUUUUUUCUUAAUUUGAAACGAAUUCAAUUUUAGACUUGAAAUUAUUUUUAAAAAAUUUUCCACCUCCUCCAAAAUCGUAUUCUUUCCAGAAAUCAAUCGAACAGUCAUUAUUGACAAAAACACAUUUAUCGCCAAUCGAGACCAAUUUGAUUGAUCUUAUGAAUGGUGAUUAUGAAUUUGUGUCUGUAGCUGACAGAGUGAGUGAAUUUUGUGGUGUCUCAAAUGAAAAAACGAGAAAAUACAAAAUGUGAAUGAAUCUGGAAACAACAAUCACUUUUUUCCAGUAUCGUUUGUGUGAAACUGUUGCAACUUCUGCGAAAAUUUCAACAAUAAUUUCUCAAGCAAAAUGUGAAGCGAAAAUUGGGAGAAAUUUGAUCAAAGUAAGAUUUAUCCAUCUUUUGAUUUGCGAAGAAAAAACUUUCGAGAAAAUUCAUUCUUAUUUUUCAGAAGCUCAAUUACUAUUUCUUCUACAAUUCUAUCGACAAUGAAAUGCGAAUUGAGUUGGAAAGAUUGGAUUAUUCAAAAAUUGCACUACAAUCGGCAUGUUUCGCUGCAAAAAGAAGAAAUCGCGGCGAAACUCUUGCGAUUCUCCGGAAACCUAUAAAUGAGAAUAUGAUGAUUGAAGUAAGUUUAAUUAUCUUUUCAGCUACAAAUUUAAUAUAAACAUUUAUUUCAGCUGCUCAAAAGAGUCAAAGAAGAUGAAGGAAAUUAA